UGAAAAUGUCCUUUCAUCAUCUAAAAAUGUUGUCAAAUGUUUUAUUUUCAAUAAAAAUGUGUAUUGUGUAACACAAUUUGAGUUUCGCGGUAGCCCUCUUCCAAUCAAUCUCUAAUUAACAAUUACAAUCUUAACAUCUAGAUGUCGCUAGACAUAUUUGAAAGUUUGAAGUACCUAGUUGCCAUUGGAAGCUGGAAGUUUGGAACAGCUUUAAAAUUAUCUCGUUUCCCAGAAACAAACAGUUAGAAGAAUUCCCUUAGAACUUCCUCAAACAUUAAAUGAGCAAUAACGAAAACCCCAACCCCAACCGAAACUUGGAUCCCGACCCAAAAGAUCGCAUAAAAACCAGAGACUACCUUUACAAACUUCUAAUAAGUCAACUAAUUUACGACGGGUAUCACACCCUUGCCCAAGCUGUGGCCAACGUUAUCCCCGUGGAGGUUUCCUAUUGCCCCAGUGAAAGACUCUACAACAUUUUCGUGCGGGGCCUAGAAAAUGAGCCGGAGAAGAAGGACUCGCCUGAUAACUUCGGUUUUGGACUAGGACACGGACUAGACUUGGAAUACGAUCAUGAAUGCAAAAUACCUGCUCCCGAACCCGCCCUGUACCAAACGGCCUACGUGACCUCCCACAAGGGCAGCUGCAGAGCUGGCUGUUUCUCCUCUGAUGGACAACUGGUGGCUACCGGUAGUGUGGACGCCAGCAUUAAGAUAUUGGUGGCGGACAGGAUGCUCGCCAAGUCCUCACCGGAUGAAAUGGACCCUUCCAGACAUGAGCCACAAGGCCACCCCGUCAUCAGGACAUUAUACGACCACAUGGACGAAGUUACUUGUCUGGCCUUCCAUCCCAAGGAACAGAUUUUGUGUUCCGGCUCCAGAGAUCAAUCCGUCAAGCUGUUUGACAUAUCCAAAGCCAAUGUGAAGAAGGCCUACAAAACCAUCACCGAAACUGAACCAAUUAAAUGUUUGGCGUUUCACCCCUCCGGUGAACAUUUAGUGGUGGCUACUAAGCACCCGGUGAUCCGCAUGUACGACGUCAAUACUUUGCAGUGUUACGUGUGCGCCAUUCCCAACCAGCAACACACAUCAACCGUUGUGUGUCUUAAGUGGUCAAUGGACGCGAGGAUUUUCGUCAGUUGCAGCAAGGACGGCUCCAUUAAACUAUGGGAUGGUGUAUCCAAUCGUUGCAUCAACACUUUCGACAAAGCCCACGAAGGCUACGAAGUUUGCUCCAUCCAAUUCUCCAAGAACGGCAAGUACGUCCUGAGCUCCGGCAAGGAUUCCAUGUGCAGGUUGUGGGAGUUAUCCACCAGUAGAUGUCUGAUGACUUAUACUGGGGCUGGGACGGUGGGGAAGCAACGAUACGAGACUCAAGCUGUUUUUAAUCAUACGGAGGAUUACGUUCUGUUUCCCGAUGAGGUGACCACCUCGUUGUGCGCCUGGAAUGCCAAAAAUGGGAGCAGGCUGCAAUUGAUGUCCUUGGGACAUAACGGGCCUGUUAGGAUGUUAGUUCAUUCUCCCACUCAGGCUGCUUUCUUGAGUUGCUCCGAUGAUUUUCGGGCCAGAUUUUGGUACAGACGUAUGUGAAGCAUAGAGUUUGUUGCUCAUUUACCUUAAAAUAUUUAUAUAAUUUCAAAUUGAAAAUUAUCAGAUUAGAUUAUCUGUUUAAUUUAUAGAGUUUUGUAUUUUGUUAAAAACAAGAUGUUAAAAUCAUAUUAAAUAUAACAAUUUAUUUUGAACUUAUUUCUGUUAGUUUCAGAUAUCUAUUCUCAUUUCAA